UAAUGUUAAUUCCAAUUAUUUUUCUCUUUGCUUUAGCAAAAUGUCAAGAUGAUGUUAUUCAAUAGGAUGGCAUCGAAACAAUAUAAGAGAUCUCUCCUGAAGAGCAACUAAGGUAAUUGUAGGAAUAGAAAUUAAAGAAAGAAAGAGAUACAAUUUAUUAUACGUGUAUUAUUUUAGCUAGAAUGCAUUUGGGAAAUUAUGGAAGUGAACUUGUUGAAAUUGUAGAUAAGUGAGUAUUUAUUAUUAAUAUUAGUUAAGCAUCUAAGGUUGAACAAUAAAAUGUUUGGAUUAAAUUAUAUACAACUCAUGCAAUUUCAUGUUCCAAAUAGCUCACCUAUGAUGAAAGUGUUUAAGUGCUAUUAUAAGUGAGAUCAGAGGAGUUUGAUCAUUCAAGAUUGCCUGUAUUGUUUUCUGAGAUUGAUUUCAAUUAAUUCAGAAACGGUUCUUGGGAAAGAGAAAUUAGUGAUUUGGAGAAUACAGUGUGGAAAUACAUAGAAGUAUCAUAAUUGUUUAAAAUUUAUAGGAUUUUGAAUCUGCAUUAGCAGAAGAUUCAAAUAAAAAAAAAUAAUAGGAGAGAGAGAGAGAUGAUGAUUAUGAUGAUUUAGAUCUAGAGUACUUAAAGAUUGCUGCCUAGUAGACAAAAGGGAAACAUAGAACAUUACAUGAUUAUCAACCAAAAUUACAAAAAGCCAACUUUUCAGAUAUUCUAUUCUUAAUACUUGCGUUUUUGUCUAUUGGAGUAGGUAUAAUGUGGAUCAUAAAGAAAUUAAAUACAAAAGAAGAAUAAUAAAAAAAGAAGAAAACUAAACAGAAUUGA